AUGGAUCCACACGACUUUCAUGCUCAGCAAACAGCCUUCGUUCGCCGCCACCAAGAGUUGUGCCGCGCCCAUGCUCGCAUGCUAGCGGUGAACGGCGCGCUGCCGGUCGAUAUGCUGUUGGGAUGGGAUUGUGUCUUGCUUGAGAGUGAUGGCGACGGGGGUUUUGACGGUCUGCAGUUGGAGCUGGGGAAUGUGGAAGGCGUGGGGUUUUCUGCCGUUGCUGUAAUGGGCUCAGAUGCUGGAGAGGGGAACAGAACGCAGAGGGACGGCGGGGCUGUGGCGCAGUCGGUGGGUGGUGGUGGAACUGAAGAUGCCGGUGAGGACAAGGGGCGGCAGGGCGGGGACAAGGAGGGGCAGAGUGAAGGCAGCGUCAGUGCUCAUGCGGGAGGAGGCAUGAGGACCGAGCCGUCCAAGGAAGUCUCGCAAGGAGGGAAGGAGCGAGGGAGCGCUAGAUGA